AUGACUUCUGAGAAAGUUGAAACUGUUGUUGCUGGAAACUACUUAGAAAUGGAAAGAGAAGAAGAAGGUUCAAAGUCCACUACUAGCAAACUGUCUAGGCUCUUUUGGCAUGGUGGUUCUGUCUAUGAUGCUUGGUUUAGUUGUGCUUCUAAUCAGGUUGCACAAGUUCUUUUGACAUUGCCAUAUUCGUUUUCGCAACUCGGGAUGUUAUCUGGAAUUCUAUUUCAGAUUUUUUAUGGACUAAUGGGAAGUUGGACUGCUUACAUUAUCAGUGUUCUUUACGUCGAAUAUCGAACUAGAAAAGAAAGAGAGAAAGUUGAUUUCAGAAACCAUGUUAUUCAGUGGUUUGAAGUUCUUGAUGGACUUUUAGGCAAACAUUGGAGAAAUCUUGGACUAUUUUUCAACUGCACUUUCCUUUUGUUUGGAUCAGUAAUUCAGCUAAUUGCUUGUGCAAGUAACAUAUACUAUAUAAAUGACCAUUUGGACAAGAGAACGUGGACCUACAUAUUUGGUGCAUGCUGUGCAACAACAGUUUUCAUCCCCUCUUUCCACAAUUACAGAAUUUGGUCAUUUUUGGGCCUAGUUAUGACCACUUACACUGCAUGGUAUAUGACCAUAGCUUCUUUAGUUCAUGGACAGGCUGAGGAUGUGAAGCACUCUGGCCCAACCAAAUUGGUUCUUUACUUCACUGGAGCUACCAACAUUCUCUAUACUUUUGGUGGACAUGCUGUUACAGUGGAAAUUAUGCAUGCAAUGUGGAAGCCACAGAAGUUUAAGAUGAUAUAUCUAAUUGCAACUCUAUAUGUGAUGACAUUAACUUUGCCAUCAGCAGCUGCAGUAUAUUGGGCAUUUGGAGAUGAUCUUCUCACUCAUUCCAAUGCUCUCUCCUUGCUUCCUAGGACAGGGUUUAGAGAUUCCGCUGUCGUUCUCAUGCUCAUUCAUCAGUUUAUAACAUUUGGAUUUGCUUGCACACCUUUAUAUUUUGUGUGGGAGAAAUUUGUUGGAGUUCAUGAAACCAAAAGUUUGUUCAAAAGAGCAUUGGUUAGGCUUCCUGUGGUAGUUCCAAUAUGGUUCUUGGCAAUAAUAUUCCCAUUCUUUGGCCCCAUUAACUCAACUGUUGGAUCACUCUUGGUUAGCUUCACAGUUUACAUAAUUCCUGCCUUGGCUCACAUGGUCACCUUUGCUUCAGCAUCAGCCAGAGAGAAUGCGGUGGAGAGACCACCUUCGAUUUUAGGAGGAUGGGUAGGAUUGUACUCAUUGAAUGUGUUUGUGGCUGUAUGGGUUUUGGUGGUUGGAUUUGGAUUAGGAGGAUGGGCAAGUAUGCUUAAUUUUGUACACCAAGUUAAAACAUUUGGACUAUUUGCUAAGUGCUAUCAGUGUCCACCUCACAAGGCCUAA